CUCCUUCCAGAGCCCAAGGACUUACAGCUUCCUCCGCUGCCUUGCUGUGCCAACAACCCCCCCAAAAAAGUUGUGAUGCUUUUCUUCACCCAGUGCUUUGGGGCUGUGUUAGAUCUCAUUCACCUCCGCUUUCAGCACUACAAGGCUAAACGGGUGUUCUCCGCCGCUGGGCAACUUGUCUGCGUUGUAAACCCCACGCACAACCUAAAGUAUGUGUCCGGCCGAUGCGCCGUCACCCAGAGCGCCCCGGAGCCCGGCAGCUUCCCCCCUCACCUCCUCCCCCCACUCCUCCGCCACCACGCCCGCCAGCCCCACCUCCGCCACCACGCCCGCCCUCCCCACCACCCCCUGCACCAGGAGGCGGGGCUACACGCUGCCCAGGUGACGCCCUGCACCUGCCCCCUGUUCUCCUGCCAGUGGGAAGGCCACCUGGAGGUGGUGGUGCCCCACCUGCGGCAGAUGCACAGGGUGGACAUCCUCCAGGGAGCCGAGAUCGUCUUCCUGGCCACGGACAUGCACCUCCCGGCACCGGCCGACUGGAUCAUCGUGCACUCCUGCCUCGGCCACCACUUUCUUCUGGUGCUUAGGAAACGGGAGAGGCACGCAGGGCACCCCCAGUUCUUCGCCACCAUGAUGCUCAUCGGGACCCCCACCCAGGCCGACUGCUUCACCUACCGCCUGGAGCUCAACAGAAACCACCGGCGUCUCAAGUGGGAGGCCACCCCCAGGUCUGUGCUGGAGUGCGUGGACUCGGUGAUCACUGAUGGGGACUGCCUCGUCCUCAACACCUCGCUGGCCCAGCUCUUCUCCGACAACGGCAGCCUUGCCAUCGGGAUUGCCAUCACUGCGGCGACGGAGGUCUGCUCCUCGGAAGCUGAGAUGUGA